AAAUGACGUUGAUGAAAAAUAAUGUAGAAUUAGUUCAUAGAAUUAUUUUUUUUGGUACACAAUGGAAUGAUGGACAUUCCCCUGGAUGGGAAAAUGGCAAAAAGUUUAAGUGAAUUGAAGAAGUCAUAUAUACUUACACUGUUCUUGUUAUCACUUUGCUCUUGUCAACUUGUGGUUAAUGUAAAAGAUGGAGGAGGCGAUGUAACAGUCGAAAGUUUCCUUGGCAAUACCACUUCAGAUAUAGUUCAGCUGCAGUUUCUGAACAAAGAUGGGACCCAUGUUACACAAUUUAUAGACUUUAAAACAGAAACACAGAUUUUUAAAACCUAUAUCCCAUGGGAAGAAGAACAGGGAUUUGGUCAGAGUAAACCACAAGCUCUGUGUUUUGUUUCCAGGUUUACAAAAAAUGAAUUUAUUUCAUCUGAUGCUAUGUCUAAGUUACGACAGAAAAAUCCAUCAGCUAUCAGAACACCUGAGGAAGAGAAAACUCCAGAGAGCCAUCUGAUGGAUGCUAAUUUAAUACUGGAAAAAUCCAACAUUAUAUCACCAAAGAUUUUCAACUUCUGUCGUGAUGCAAGAGAGACAGUAUUUACCAAAGAAAUAGAUAUUAAAAUAUGGUCAAAAUCUUUAGGACAAGACAUGGCAGCCAUGAUGUCAACAAUCAAACCGUCUUAUCCUGCCAAAUAUAAUAAUUGUAAAGAUGUCAACGAUUUAUCAAAGGCAUGUUUAUGUCAUUAUCAUAUCUGUAUAGGAUGGUAUCCAUGUGGAUUGAAAUACUGCCGUGGUAAAGAUUCCACAGGAAAGUAUGUCAGUUACAGAUGUGGAAUAAAGACGUGUAGAAGAUUUAUGUCGUUCGACUUUGUAGCCAGACAGAAAAUGUUCUGUUUGUGGGAUUUUUAAAAUUUGUUAGAUUUAUACAUGUAUUAGAUUUGUUUUGGAAUAAUUACUUUGUUAAUAGCUUCACCUAUCAAAAUGGUAAAAACAAUCGUUUUUUUGUAAUUUGUAAGGAUUUACCUGAUAAUAUUUAAAAGGACAUAGAUAAAAAGCAGCAUAUUUUCCAUGAUUGAAAUUGAUGUUUACAAGAUUCACUUUUAUUGAUUUUAUUUUUAGUACAUUCUUUUGUGUUUAAAAAUUAGAAAUGCUGGUCAUUUUAAACAAAUCUAAUGUAUCAACUUUUUUAAUAUGUUGAUUUCUGUAUGUAAUUAUGUGAUAUAUUAAGUCCCUUUAUGAUGGUGCUAUUUCCGUUGUCAAACAAGGAAUUAUUGUUAUUAGUUUGAAAGAGAUAUGACCAUGUUGUUAGUGUUUAAUGAUUAAAUCAUGUUUAAUAUUCAUUUUUGGAAGCAGAAUUUCUGUUUAUAUUUUGUAUGUAUCAGUAGAUGUAUGACACAAAUUUAAAAUAACUUAACCAGUUAUAUAUGUUAUUUAUUGAUUAUUCCUCAGUCAAAAAUAAAGGUUUAGAAGCAGUUUCUUAUCAAUGUAAUUCAUAUUGAACUCUCCGGCCAUCAACCGUCAAGACGAAGAACUGCAAUGGAAGUGAUCUUUUGAUUAUUUCUUAUCAUUUCGUUGGAUUAUGUCUACUGUACUUGUUUUUUCUUUUUUUUAUAAAAGAUUUAAGAUGCAUAAAUGGUAACAAUUCAUGAAAAUCACGCAUUGAACAGUUAAUUUUAAAAAUACAUAUAUGUAUAAAACAUUUACCUAAAAUCUUUUAUCAUUUUAAACUUUCUUAAUAACAUUUUGUUUUACUUUUAUACAAUGUUAUACAUGUAUUUGAAAAUAAAAUUGAAAAUAAAACAAUU